AUGGAAGUACCCGUUACACGACCGAAAACGCGCUUUCUAACUGCCUCAUUGCGGCUUCGCCGACACCAAUUCACAAGAGUAAUGGUUCUGAGACAACGAUUGUCGAACACGUCUCAGUUCCGCUGCUCGAAUAGGCCAAGUCUCACAGCCAUACAACAAGACAGCCCCUACUGUAGCUUGAUACACACGGACGUGUUCAGUGACUGCACGUCCACAAGCAUGACCUUACACUUUGUAGUUGCAAAGUGCAUACGAAAGGACGGGAUGACUUUGGUCAGUUCAUCUAAGAAUACUUGCGCUUUCUCCUCCUCUUCGAACAUGAGAACGAUCCCGCCGUCAACUAUUGAAGUCCAGAGUGAGAUACUAACUUUUCAAUGUGGCAAGCCACUUUGUUCGGAUGAUCUGCACUCGGCCAUAUUCCAAGAAGGUGAUGAGGUCCUGGUGCAAAGGAUUUGGAACGAAAACGGAAUACCAGCCGAAUGGGGCUUCUCAACCGUCAUCCCAGUUUUCAAAAAGGGUGAAAGAACGUUAUGCGAAAGCCAUCGUAGCAUUAGCCUGGCAUCCGUCGCAUCUAAGGUGAUCUGUGGGAUCGUUUUGCGUAAGUUGAUCGAUGAUCUUGAGAGACAUUCGUUGAUUUUUGAUCUGUUGGUCAAGGGUGCCUCUUCCAAAAUUCUGUCCCCUACGAGGGGGCGAGAUGGGCCGUCCGCCGUUCGAACCCGGCUUCUGCCCCUAGACUUCCCCUGUCUGGGCUUGGGUAAUCUAACAAUAUCCCAGCCCUCGUGCCUCCGUGUGGCAUGGCAGCUAGGCACCGAAAGGGUGCUACAGCUGAAUGAUUUUUGUUUAUUUUUUACGAGGGCACUAUAUGUUAACUCCUGUACAUGGAUGCGAGUAUACAGCAGGCUUCUGCCUCAGUUCACGACUUCCACGCUGCUACAGGGCUGCGUGGGGUUAAACCUAAACAUCAUGUUUGCAGACGAGCCGAUCGACGUGGUAGAUGAAUUUCUUUAUGUGAGCAGCUCCAUACGUUCCGACGAACUGGCCGGAUAUAAAACCAAGGCAGCGUUUGUCAACUUCCGAUACCUAUGGCGCCGAUAUGACGUGGGUUUGUGUCAAGAGUGGAGUUUGCACUGUGGCAUUGUAAACCAUACUUUUUAUGGAUCAGAUACGUGGUCUCUAUGCGCAGAGGAUAUACGGAAGUUGUCACGGACCAUCUGUGUCUCCGAAGAAUUGGUCGGGUCUGAUGGGAACUUCGGGCUAGUAAUGCUGAGUUGGUCUUCCGGGACAGUUGUGAACAUCAACAGAGGGUUGAACUGGGCGACGUUGAUCCAGGAACCCCGGUUGUUUUCUAGAGAAAUAACUGGCUUCAUGUUUCUCACUUCAUGUCGCACCGGAGUCUUCAGAAUUUCAGGACAGCAAAUCCGCCGAUUAUGCACAAACGGAGGGGCUAGACAAGACAUAACAAAACUAUCUCUGAUCACUCCAAUCCGUACGGAACCUCAGUUUCACGUGGACAACUUCGAGGACAACAAAACGAAUAUCACCACGUUACCGAGCCGUUUACGAAUCGCAUCCCAAAACAGAUUUGGAGCUCAUUGUGCUAUUGGAGUUAUCGUGGAUGCUGGACCUCGCUAUGAAACCAACAGAACAAACGGACUAUCACAUUUCCUGGAGAAGCUGGGAUUUCAUGUAUGCCCUGUCAUUCCUUCCUAUAUCUGUUAUUUCAGUCCACCGAAUCUUUCAAGGACAGAGAUGCCGUUCAAGCCGUUAUGGAAGAGUGUAAUGCCAUUUUUGAUUGCCAAAUAUCGAGACAGGUUAAGUCGAGAGGCAGAGGUCGGGUUCGAACCACGGACUUUCCGGUCAGUAAAUUUGCGCUCUACCGAACGAGCCAUUUCACCCCCUGAUCACGCAAUCCUGUGUAUAUUUCAGGAGAUCCAGUUUACAUCCAGUUUACAUCCAUCGAGGUGUUGCUUGCGAUGGGCGAGAUGGCCCAAGUGGUUAGGGCGCGAAUUUAUUGACUGGAAGGUCCGUGGUUCCAACCCGACCUCUGCAUCUCGACUUCCCUUGUCUAGGCUUGGGCAACCUGGCAGUUUUCCAGUCCUCGUGCAACCUUCGGGUUGCAGAGCAGUUGGGCACCGAGAGGCCGCUACAGCUGAACGACUUUUUGUUGCUUGCGAUUGCUGA